AUCAAAAACAGGAGAUUUCCAUGAUGGCUUGACAUUCCUAGGUGCAGGCGAAACUCAAAGCCGGCGUUUCAGGAAACGGGAAGGGAAUUCUUGAACCGACGCAGUACUAUUGCUACAGUUGCUCAGGAUGUUAUCGUACAUUCUGCCGCAACUCUCGGCGGCAUUUGUCGUGCAGUCUGGCCCGGUUGUUGACCGGAGACUCUUAGCCUAGAGAAAGGCUGUCUAAACAGAGAUACAGUCAAGAGAUUGUCCAGAGAGAUAGUCGAAUCUGUUUAGAUACUCUCCGCACAAUGAGGGCGUUGCUUCCGAAGCUGCGCCAUGGCUCGCGACAGGCGAGCCAGUCCGCGUUGACAUCGCCAGCCGAUAACGCGAACGUCGAGAAUGCCGAGCGGAACGAGAAUCCCAGGAAUCCCGGCAAUGUUGGGAAAGCUGGCAAGGCUGGCAAUGCUGCGAGUGCUGGCGGUGCUGCGAACAGUCACGGUGGGACUGCUGCUGCUGGUUCCGCGAAUCCACCCAGAACCUCUCUGCUGACGUCACGACCUGCCACUGCACCUUCCAGCGGCGGCCGGCAGCGGCGGCAGCAGCAGGCAAAGAGCCGCAAUUCAGAGGCGCACACCAGGAGCAACAGCCAAGAUUCAGCUGCUGCUGAUCCUGUUGCUGAAGAUUCGCCUGCAGCCAGUCAAGGGUGGCCUUUCAGCGCAGCUUCCAAUGCUGCUGCAUCCAAAGCAGCAGCAGCAGCAGCAGCAGCAGCAGCAGCAGAUGCUUCCCCCAAUGUGCUACUGCUAGAUGAAGCACAGCAGGAUGAGCAGAAAGAGCAGGGGCAGAAGCAGCACCACGAGCAACAGCAGCUAGAGCAGGAGGAACAGCUGCAUGAGCAGAAGAAGAAUCCAAGCUUUGCUGGUCUACCAGAGGACGUGUGGGUGAAGGUGCUGCAGUUGCUGAAACCGGCGGAUCUGACGGCCAUAAGAGGCAGCUGCCGGUCACUCUACCAGCUAGCUGUGCGCGCCCACCCUUCAGUCUCCAUCCGCCUCCCCCCAAAGCGCUCCUCCGACUUCCCCUCCUUCCUCGCCAGGGCCGGCCCUUCCCUCUCCUCGCUCACCGUCCUCCCCACCGCCCAGCUCCCUGCCACGUGUCUGGUCCCCAUUGGACAGCACUGCCCGGGGCUAGAAACCCUGAACCUGACGGACCAAAAGGGGGUGACGGACGGGGUGUUGGUGGAGGUGGGGGGAGGUUGUGUGCGGUUGAAGUGUCUCAAAGUGAAGGUGCACCAUGCGAAGCUGACCCAAGGCUUGGAGGCUGUUGCUGCUCGCUGCCGUUUGCUAGAGACCCUGUCGCUUCCCACCCAGGUGCGGGAGUCGAGCCUUGGCCCACUCCUCUCCUCCUUCCCCCGCCUCACUCGCCUCGACCUGAGUUGGAGCACCAAGCUUGCUGACCCUGCCUUUGCCACUGUCGCCGCGUCCUGCCCUCGCCUCACGCACCUCGACGCUUCUUUCUCCCAGAUCUCCCCAGCAGGCCUCGCCUCCCUUGGAUCCCACUGCCCCGCCCUCCAAUCCCUCCGCGUCAACGCCUGCCACGCCCUCCGCCCCUCCCAAGCCCUCCCCAUCCUCUCCCGCUGCCUUUCAUUACAAUCACUUGACCUCGGCCAGAGCCCCCUGCUGCCAGAUUGGGUGGAGGGGCUUAUAUGGGGGAUACAGGGAGAGGUGGUUGGAGGGAAGAGCAGCUGUGGAGGGGAGGAUUGGACAGGACCCGCAGCAGGGAGCGCUCCUGGUGGUGUUGCUGCUCCUGUGCCCGGUGCUGCUGCUGGUGCUGUUGCUGGUUCCCCUAUCCGCCGGCUGCCGGCUCUCCGGACGCUGUCCGCCUACUUUCAGGCCAAUCAGAUUAUCAAUGCAGCGUGGAUCGAAAGUCUCACUGUCGCCUGUCCCUCUCUUCGUCGCAUCAGCUUCGGCACCACGUCUCGCAUCACUCUCUCUCCCGCUGCUGCAACAACCACCACCCACUCUACCGUCGCGGCUUCAGCUGCCGAUUCCUCCAGAGCACCACACAGUGCCCACACCACCGGUACAGCCAUGCCUAUCAACAGCAUAAGCACCAGCAGCACCCCUAACAGCAGCAUCACAGCUGCUAACACAGACAGCGGAACCAAUAGCCCCCUUUCUAACCCCCACUCCCGUAUCCCCGCUCACUUGGCCCCCAAACGCAUCCAGCCGCCCAGGAGCCCAGGAGCCUUCUUCUCCCGCCUGGCUGCUCUUGCCUCGCCUCGCCCCAAAUCACCUGACACCCGCCUAGGGGCUGGCAGCGCUGCUGCUGGUGCCGGUGCUGCUGGUUCUGGUGCUGCUGGCAGCACUGCUGCUGGUGGCACUGCUGCUGGUGGCACUGCUGCUGGUAGCACUACUGCUGGUGCUGGUGCUCCUGGCAGCACUACUGCUGGUGGCGCUGCUGCUGGUGGCACUGCUGCUGGUGCUGGUGCUGCUGGCAGCACCACUGCUGGUGGCGCUGCUGCUGGUGGCAGUGCUGCUGCAUGGUUAUCAACAUCAACACCAGCAGCAGUUCUUGGUCCAAGGAUAACUGAUGCAGCUGCUGCUGCUGCUCCUCCUCCUCCUCUUGCCCUUCCUGCUAAUGCUGCUCCUCCUGCGGUUCCUGCCACUGCUCCUCCUUCUCUUGCUACUACCACUGCUGCCGCCACUCCCCCUGCUACCACGGCUACCCAUCCAACCCCUGCUAACCUUCCUUCCAAGGGUCCCAUCCAGCCGCCACCUCUGGAGUCCCUGGUGCUGCCCUGCUUCGGCAUGUCAGACGCGAUCAUUGCCGUGAUUGCUGCUGCCUGCCCCGCCCUCAAGUCCCUGCGCUUCGACCCCGGCUCCAAGAAACGCCACGCGAAGCUAAUCGGAAUGUUCCAAGUCGCUGGUGCACCUGACAUCGACUGCACCAUGACAGACGCGUCACUCCAAUCGCUAGCCGCCAGCUGCCCCUCGCUCUCAGAGCUCCACGUGUUCUCUGAUUAUCUCCUCGGCACUGGACUCUCCCCCCACGUACCCUGUGUUGCUUCCCCCUCUUCCCACAUCCCAUCUACGUCCUCGUCCGAUUCCUCCUCGCCCCCCUGCAAUCCUUCCUCUUCCUCUUCCCCUUCUCCUCCUCCCUCCAAGCCCCCCCACCGCUUCUUGUCACUCAAGACCCUCUCUAUCGCCAGCUGCUCUCUGACUGAUGCCGGUGUUGCCUGCAUUGUUGCUGCCUGCCCCAAUCUCCUCCGCCUGCUGCUGAGAGAUUGCAUACAGGUUUCUGAGGCGAGUGUGAGCAGUGCAGUCAAGGCAUGCAAGAAGCUCCAGGUGUUAGAUGUGUCAGGGUGCACCAGAAUUAACUUGAAGCUGGCUGCUCGGAUUGUGUCUAGGCCAGGGCCUGUGUUGGUAACUGCAAGAAAGGAUUCGGACUAAAGAGUGUAUUGCCUGAUCAGACUUGAUU